CUGAUAAAAAAAUCUCUCCGAUGAUAAACUUUCUUUAUCUCUCCUGAAAACUAGUCCAAGAACCGAAAUCUCUCCGAUGAUACUCACAGUUGUUAGCGGCUUGAUCUUGAUGAAGAAGAGGAUGAUGAUGGAGGUUUUUCCUCCAGGAAUAAGAAAAGUGUGGAAGGAAUGGGAGCUAAGGUCAUUGGUUUUCCUCAGCCUCGCCUCACAAAUGCUUCUAAUUUUUCUGGGCAACCGCAGGAAGUACAUUCCCAAAACUUGGAUUAAAGUUGUGGUCUGGUCUGCCUACUUGCUGGCGGAUGCUGUAGCAACUAUGGCCCUUGGCGUACUCUUAAAUAACAUUGGAGAAAUCUACGACAAUGGUGGUGUUCCUGAUUCCAAUGGCGAGAUUGCUGCGUUUUGGGCACCGUUUUUUCUGUUGCAUUUGGGUGGCCCUGAUACUAUUACAGCAUACUCUUUAGAAGACAACGAGUUGUACCUGAGGCACGCAUUUCAAUUACUUUUCCAAACACUAACCACAGUACUGAUCUUUCUAACUGCAUGGAAUGGGUCGCGGAUUUCAAUUCUUGCAAUACCAAUGAUUAUUGUUGGGUUUAUCAAGUAUGGAGAGAGGACAUGGACUCUCUGGUCAGCAAGCAGUAAUCAACUUAGAGAAUCGGUGCUCUCUUCGGCUGCUGCUGAUUCCAAUUACCCCAAAUUCUUGGAUGAGUACCCGUUGUAUCUUGCCGAGGGAUACAAAGUGGAAAGAGACUUCAUGAUAGAUGCUCCCGCUUUUAAAAUAAACAUGCCUGAGUCUGGAAAAGAAUUCAAUUUUGAUCAAAAGAUCAUAUUAGCCUAUGCUUUAUUUCAUAUAUUCAAGUGUCUCUUUGCAGAUUUGAGCACCAGCGACAUCGAGCGAGAAAGCAUUGAGCCUUUAUUAAAGGAUAUGUCUCAUAAAGAUGUUUUCAGUGUGAUCGCCAUCGAACUAGGAUUCAUGUAUGAUCUGCUAUACACCAAGGCCAUCGUAAUUCAUACUCGUUGGGGUCUAAUUCGCCGGGUUAUCACUACUUGUCUCACCAGCCUCGUGUUGCUCAUUUUCUGUUUUCUUGACAAGCAGAAAUAUUCCAGGUUUGAUGUCUGGUUAGCCUUCUUGUUGCUGGGUAUAGCUAUCGUUCUGGAUAUAUAUGCUGCUCUUGUUCUGUUCUUCUCUGAUCAAUCUAGACAUUGGUUCAUUAGGCGGAAGAAGAGCAAUACCAUCCUCCAACCCAUGUAUCUUUUGGAACCAAUGCUUUCACUACCACGGUGGUCAAAUUCCAUUGGGCAGUACAGUUUUACAAGUCUUUGCAUCAAAGAAAAAUCUGACUGUAAAAUCCCGGGGCUCUGUCAGAUGGUCAGACUACUGAAAAAACAACGGUUUGUGGAUAAACUACUACUGAAAAUGAACCAGUACAGGGAUAAACUACUAGAAAAUCGUCGAUAUAAAACGUCCUAUACACAGGUGACCGAAGAAUUGCAAGAGCUGAUUUUCAACCAUGUCAAGUUGGAAUAUGAACAAUUCAAGGAGAAUAGAGGAAGCGACACGAAUCUUACAAAAUUGCAAGAGCUGAUAUUCAAUCAUGUGAAGAGGGAGCAUGAUCGAGUUAACGAACAUAGAGGAAGCGAAACGAAUGUCGGAGAAUUGCAAGAGCUGAUCUUCAACCAUGUCAAGAAGGAUGUUGAUGAAUUUAAGGAGAAUAGAGGAAACCUCAGGAUGACAAGGGGAAGCCGUGCACUUGAAAACCAUAGUAUGCUUAAAUGGAGUGUUGAGAUGGACUUUGACGAAAGUAUCCUUAUCUGGCACAUUGCAACAGAACUUUGUUAUUAUCAGGACAAAUACUCAGGAGUCUUCGAAACUGAAAAUAACAGUACUGUUGCUGAAAUGGGCAUGGUGUUGUCAAAAUAUAUGAUGUUUCUCCUUGUUCAGAAUCCUUUACUGUUGCCAGUUGGAGUGGGAGGUGUACUCAGGCGUCGGGAUACUCUUUCUGAGGUCAGCGAAUAUUUCAAGAAACACAGUAUCUCCAUUAAACGUUUCGAUCCAUCAGACGAAACUGAACACAGCACUGGAGAUAAUGGCGACAAUAAUGACGACAAAAGAAUUCCAGCUUGGAUAGAUUUACUUGAACUCAGCGUUGAAGUGAAAGAAGAUGCAAUCAAAUCCGUAUUCUAUUAUGCGCACAAGCUUGCAUCAGAGUUAAUGAAAAUAUCAGAUAAGUGGAAGAUAGUUAGAGAUGUUUGGGUUGAAAUGGUAUGUUAUGCGGCAAGUCAAGGUAGAGGAAGUGAACAUGCUCAUCACCUUAGACGAGGGGGAGAGCUUCUUUCUCAUAUAUGGUUUCUUAUGGCUCAUUUUGGCAUGACCGAACAAUAUCAGAUAUCUCAUAACCGUGGGAGACCUUUUCUGAUUUUGAAAUAG